AUGACCACACCUACGAAGCGGUCGGGAAGUAAGAUAGGACAGUUAAAAUCAGAAACAGCAAGAUCGAAAAGCGAUAGCCAAUUAAAAGUGGAUAGAGGGUCAGUGGUCCAUCAGGAAAUUGAUAUAAAGACAGGACAGCAACGUGGUGGUUUCCGGAAAUUGUUGAUGCGAAUUAGUGAAAAAAUUGGUGCGACGGAAAAGACUGAAUAUACCAAAUGUUUCAAUGAUAUGUGCAAGGAAGUGGACGAAUACAGAGUUAUCGUCGAGGAUAUAGCACAACAAUUAAUUUCCACUCUUCAGCAGGAUCCACGUUAUGUGCCAAAACCACCCGGCAAAAUGGAAGAACUCGAACAAAUUCAAACCUCAGCACUCAAACUUGCGUCGUUACAUCGCGAAUAUCAGCGAAAAGGUCGCCGAGCUAUACACGGCAUUCGAACAUUCAUUAAUGUCGAUUACGAAAAUAUUCGAGACGCAAGGAAUGCGUUAGAAAAAUUUCGCCAAGCGCUAGAUUUUGCGAAGUAUGAACUAAAAGGAGCCAAGACUCCAGAAACAAUUCAAGUAAACAACGCCCUUUACGCUGAUGCGCUCAAAAAAUUUCAAAAACAGUUAUAUGAUGUAUGA